GCGUGGCAAGAGUUGCGAAGGUGUAUACUUGAUCCAGAGCUUGAAAUAAAGUAUAUGCAACCUGUUUAACGGACACUCAACCUUCCACUGCACAGUCUACCAACUACCAUAAACGCUAUAUCCAUACUGUUUAACACAGGAUAUACACACGAGAUGUUGUAUUAAUUGCGUUUAAUUGUAUUAAAUUGGCGGAAUUUCUCUCUGUGUCAACCCAUUUGGCAUUAUAGUACCUAACUGGGAUAUGUAAUAUUCGUUAUUUUAGGGUAAUUUUAAUUUAGUACUGGCAUUUGUUUUUGGAAUUGCAUUGCCGCCACUCAACAAUUUCAACGGCGCUGCGUGUGUUUGGGACCGUAUACAUUACGUAGGUAUUGUUGUGACGGAAUCAGCCUGGAAACAUACGACUUGAUCACAACCGGUUACCAGAUUGUUGUUUUCUCAUGGAUUGGGAUAGCUCUAGCCUGCACUAUUCACCCUUUGGUGCGCCCUCAUCCUAAAGGAUAAUGUACUCCUUUAAUCUGUGCCCUAAAGGCUAUCUAGAGGAGGUUUGUGGUAACGACUGAUAGGUUGAAAUCAACACAAUGGGUUACUCAACGGGGUCGUCGUCACGCACAUCCACGCCGUCGUACGCUGCACUGAAAAAACUCUACCGAAGAGAUAAUUCGGCCCUUUCACUCUGUUACAUCAGGGACGAUAAAAUCGUGGACUCGCUGGCGGACUUUAUUAUAGUCAAUAAUGUCAAGUCGCUAUACCUGAACGCCCCCUCUAAUCCGAACGUUUUCACUAAAGUGCUGCAGCAGUUGGCGAAAGUGAAGAAUAAGUUCGAGAUCUUGCACUUUGACCUGUGGUCAAAUAGCUCCGCCGAACUUGUCAAUCUCCUGUCACGUGCGUUAAAUGCCCACAGCGAGACGCUUCUGGAAUUAACCCUGAAAUGUAGAUUUAACUCAAGUUUUUUGGCCACACUGUUUCCCAAGAUGCCAACUAAUAUCGAAAUAUUGGAUAUUUCAGAAAACCUGUUGUCCGACACACUGUUUCUAAGACCAUUGAUAGACUAUGCCAAAUGUAGCGAGUUACGGAUACUCAAACUCGCUAAUUGUUGCACGCGAACUCGUAUAGUCAAUGACUUUGCGAAGGCGUUGCUGAAGGUGACCACGCCUCUGGCACUUGAAUACAUAGAAGGCGUGGACUUCACCAAUUGUGAGGAUAUACCUCGAAAAGUGAGAACUAAUUUGCGCGAUGCGCCCGCGGAUACACGAAAGAAAUACAUGGGUCGACCUGUUAUAGGUAUGCAGCCUCGCCGCGGAUGUAACGUUCAACUACUGGACUAUAUAAAAAGCUCAUUGCUGAUGCACCGGCUGGUUGGCUCACGAGUUAGAGUAUGGUGGCCAGCGAGUUCCGAUGAACAUCGCGGCGCUUUUGCCGGUAGAUAUUGGCCUGCAACAGUAUUGAGAACUAACCCGAUCGACAUGAUCAUCGUUGUUGAAUAUGACAACCAAGAAGUGGAUCACGUGCCGUGCAAACUGGUUCAACCAGAAUCGCCAUUCCUAUUUGGAGGUGGACUUAACGAAAAUUUUUUAAGAUCGCUAUUUGGAUCGAAGUACUUCGACAGCUUAUCGGAAGAGUUGAAAUCGCUGCACUCCGUUUAUGGAAAUAAAAAGAAACCACCACCGUCUGCAAUGAGAACACCGCAGCGGCGAGCGUCACUCAUAGAUUCCAGUUCAGAUUCACUAUCACUGUCAAUUUCACUCUCUAGCCUCGAAGAUAUCGACCAACAGCUUCUUGAGCUUGAGGCUAAUCAAGAUUUGUCAGCCAGCGCGCCCGUCACUACAGUAUACGCACCUAUUCACAACGAGGAUACCACACUGUCCGAUACGAGCAAAUUAAACGGUGACGAAGUCGUCGAAUCGUCGUCUGACCAGGACCAGGCACCAGAUGAUGCUAUAUGCAGUAACACUGUGGAGAAACGUCCAGCAUCGUUCGAAGGAAAUAACGGUAAUGUGGAGUCGCCGUCAAGCAAGAUACUGAAAACAGAGGAACCAACGAAUGAUGACGACACAAGCUGCAUACCGUCACUCAACCAUUCAUCAGCAUCAAUGCCUGAACUGGGUCUUGAUGAAUGUGAGUCAUCUUCACAACAGGAUUGUUCACCUGAGGUCCCCAAACAAACUAUCGUAAAAGAUGAUGUUAAGGAUGAAAAAUGCACCGAUAUCACAAUGAAACCUGUUAUCCUAAAUGCUUUGAUGCGUGCAUGUGAGCGUAGGAAUUAUAAAUACGCGUUCCCCGGUGACGUUUCCCAUAUUGCAAACAGCUGUUCACUUAACGUAGAGACUAUAAACGGCAUCGAAAGUCAAUAUAGCGGAAACGUAUUGGACCCAGGUGAUAUCUGUGAGUUCAGGGACCCCUUGGACCUUGAUGGAAGUGAUCCUUCAGACUAUAUCGUGGUUAUCAAGGAAGUGCGCACCGUAGAACCCAUGUACAGGGUUAUAUACAUAUACCACGAUGACGAGGAAUGCGUUGAUGUUUACAGCAGUGAUGUGCGCCGCCUCACGUUGCUACCGUGGUACCACUGGGUAUCGCUGGUCAUGGAUAUUGAGCGACACUUGUUAUUCUUCAAGGGGCUGUGUGACCCACUCCUGCUCCACCGGACGUAUGCAGAGUUCCUCGUGUGCCCUAAUAAGCUGGACCUGAAUAAGCCAAUCAACUGCCCGAUCAACCCGUUGCAAAUGCCCAUGCAAACGCUUUACGCCCGUUCUCUUGACUCGUCACACCUGAGGACACCGCACCCGAGGAUGUCCGUCACACGUGACUAUGAAAUGGAUGACGGAAAUACUGUAGAGGGACUAAGGUAUCAGCUAUCUAAACAACAACAGAAAAUGAAUGCACUGAGGCUGCUUUACGAAGAAACACGCAGAGAAUUGGAAAAGGAACGUGAUAAUAACGCACGCCUGCAAGCGAAGCUUAAUUGCAUUAUAUGCUUUGAAAACCGGAUCAACUGUGUGUUGAACCCCUGUGGACACUUCAAUUUCUGUAAUCUAUGCGCCGAGAGUUGCACCAACUGUCCCAUAUGCAGAGGCAAAAUAAAGGAACGUAAAACGUUAAAUGUGGAAUGACCAAAUUAUUACUGUGCGAUUGGAGAUGGUGCUGACGUUUGUAUUGUUGUUUUGUUUACAGCCGAAACGGCUGUCUUUUGUUUACCUUGAGCUUCCUCCGCAAGCAGCUCCGCCUCGAUCUCCGCAAGGGAGUUGCCCA